AUGUUUAAAGCCCAAAAUGAUUACUUCAGCAAUAUAGAGUGUCCAGAUUUAAAGGACAAUGGGGUUUGUACUGUUUUGAAUUGCAUCUUUGGACAUAGGCCAAAUAGGAAGAGAAGUGACGACAAUACAACGGAUGAUUGGCCAAGGAAGAGAUCAAAAGAAGACCUCAAUGAUCAAGAUUCAUGGAGAUUAAAAAAUGAUAGAGAUACAACAGAUAGGUUUGUCAAUCAAGAAGAAGAGAGCAAUCGAGAUGAUAUCAAGCUGAGGAAUGAUGCUAGAGUUGCGUUACCCAAGACAUUGAAUCAUCUGAAAAUAUCAAGAGAUGAGAGAACGUUAAUGGCAAGGAAGUUGGCAGAAAAAUUUGCUCUCGAGAGACAACUAAACCCGAAUCAUAAAGCAAUUGAUACAGAGUUUGAAUGGGCCAGUGGGUGUAAAACAGUAGAGGAGUAUCGUACUAAGGCUCAAGCUUUUUUCAAUAGAGAGAAGGAAGCGCCAAAGGAAGACCCCAGAUUCAUAAUGCCUAGGGAAGUUCUUCCGUCUUCGCCUGCAACAAUGCAAGUAAGGAAAAGGUUUAUUCAACUUCUAGCGGAUGCGAUACACAAGGCUGAGCCAGAUCUCUCCACACCCGUGCUUCAUGCUAUAGAUGAAGAGUAUAACCUUGCAUCUUCCAAUAGCACCAAUACUUAUCAACACUCUGUCAAAAGGAAAAUAUAUGAAAUCAAUCAUCCAGAGAGAUUUAUCAAAUCGCCAAAAGAGCUUAGUGAUGACGACUACCUCAGAUCCCUCAAUUCUCUUGUGAUUCCUCCUGAUGUUCUCGAAAAAUACGGCUACAUUAUGGAAAUACCGUCUACUGAACCACUAAAGAGGAGGCAAUUAUGCAAAAGAUGUAACACUGAGUUUGCUCUCGAAGAUCAACUUAAGCCCACAAAGUGCUAUUAUCACUCUGGGAGAGCAAUAAAGGUAGGAAAUGGCACGAGGGCUUACGACUGUUGUGGAGCAAUAGUUGGAAGUGACAGUGAGCCGUGCUGCUUAUCUGAGCAUCAUGUUUUCUAUCUAACUGACCCAAAAGAACUACAAUAUGUGCAACCUUUUCAAAGGACAACAGAAAUAUUUGGACGCAAUCCUCAAUGUUUCAAGGCAGUAGGUAUCGACUGUGAAAUGGGAUAUACGACAAUGGGAUUUGAGCUACUUAGGAUAACUGCAAUUGAUUUCUUCACUGGUGAAGAAGUCAUUGACAUCUUGACGCGACCAAAUGGAAAGAUUAUUGAUUUGAAUACUAGAUGGUCAGGAAUCAGCGAAAUAAAACCAGAGGCACUCAAUUUUGAAGAACUGAUUAAAUUACUUGGAGAAGUCAUUGAUGCCGAUACUAUUUUAAUUGGCCAUGGGCUUGAAAACGACUUAAACUCUAUGCGUCUUCUUCAUAGUCGCAUUGUGGAUACGGCGGUGCUCUACCCCAAGCACAAAACUUCACCAACUUUCAGAUUCUCGUUAAAAAAUUUAGCCUUUAAGUAUCUAGGAAGAACUAUUCAGACGGGACAACAUGAUAGUGGUGAAGAUUCCUUGGCCGCUAUUGAUGUCGUAAAGUAUUUUAUAAAUAAAGAUUAUAAUUCAUAA